AUGACCAGUAAGGAAUGCUUCAAGUGUGGACGCACUGGCCACUGGGCUCGCUGCUGUCCUAAAGGAGGAAGUCGAGGGCGUGUAAUUAGAAACCGGGGCAGAAGUGGUGCGAGUACUUCCAACACCCCUGAUGUCUGUUACCGCUGUGGUGAGUCUGGUCAUCAUGUCAGAAACUGUGAUCUGCUUGAAGACAUCUGUUACAACUGUGGGAAGAGUGGCCAUAUCGCGAAGGACUGUACUGAGCCGAAACGUGAGAGAGAUCAGUGCUGUUAUGCUUGUGGUAGACCAGGUCACUUAGCUCGGGAUUGUGAGCGUCAUGAAGAGCAGAAGUGUUACUCUUGUGGCGAAUAUGGUCAUAUUAAAAAGAACUGUACCCAAGUUAAAUGCUACCGAUGUGGUGAGACGGGUCACGUGGCCAUCAACUGCAGCAAGAACAGCCAGGUUAACUGCUAUCGCUGUGGUGAAUCCGGCCAUCUGGCCCGCGAAUGCCCCAUUGAGGCUACCGCUUAA